AUGUGCGAUCAAGAAUUUAGAACACUUAGAGUAGAUCCAAGAUAUCCGUUUCAAAAUCAGACCAGACGAAUCGGAGUGGAUUUGAGACAAAUUAUAUCAAAAAAAAAAUAUACAAUGUCAAGAACUACAAGAAAGAAAUUGAAAGACGAUGAUAUAGAAAAUAUGCUAAUGCGGUUAGAGGCUGGCGAAAUUUCAGAAGACGAUGCCGAAUCAGAUGAGGAUGACUUGGAUUUCUAUCCGUCUCGCAAAGAUCUACAAGCCGUACUCGAAGAUAAAGAAGUAAGUGAUGAAGAGGAAGUGCCUGAAACUGAAGAAUGCCCGGAUCCUCCCCUGGUUCAUGAAGAAAUCUAUCAACAAGCUUCGACUUCUCGGUCUAAUGUAUUUCCGCAAAUAAAUACACGAAAUUUGAUUUGGAAAAAACGCUCUUUGGAGUAUAAAGAGGAAUCAAUUGCUUUCUUGGGUAGUACAGAAUUAGGACCUGAACUAAUGAAACUAGAAACCCUACUGCAGUUCUUUUCACAGUACUUUUCAGAAGACUUGUUGAAAAAAAUUGUUGAAGAAACCAAUAAAUAUUCGACGCAGACCAAUAUUGAUCGCCCCGUUCAAAUAAGCCUUACAGAACUUCGAAAAUAUUUGGGAAUAUUGAUAUUCAUCAUCUAUAAACCAUUUUACACAACAUAUAUUUUUUCCAAUGAUAUUGGGUAUGUCAUGCAUUUAAGGGUUAAAAUUUACCCCGUGAAAAAGUAA